GCGACCAUUGCUCUCUAGUGGGUUUAGGGUUCGCGAUGGACGCGUCGAGGAGCAAGGACAGCUUGCGCGCGGCCGGGAAGAAGCGGCUGGAGGAAUUUCGAUUGAAGCGACAGCAGCAGCGAGUGGAAUCGAAGAAUGCGGACGCUGCUGUUGCCGCUACUGGCGAGGAGUCUGGAUCGGCGAUCAAGGAUGAGAGCGGCACUGUCCAGAACGAGAACGAAGAACCCAACAUUAUCGACUCACAAAAUCUGGAUCGAUUGGAGCCUGUACAAAAGGAUUCUACCUCCAUGGAUUUACAAAGUCAGGAUGUAUUGGAACACGGCAGAUCGCAUGAGAUGUUGGAAAAGCUGCACGAAGAUAUACGGGUUGCAAAGCAGGAAAAGGAACAGGUUCUUGCCGAACGAGACAGUCUCUCGCUGAAAGUUGAGGAACUGGACACGCGGCUUCGGUCGGUUCUUUUGGAUGAAGAGCAGAAGCUACAUGCAAUGGCGGUGCAGCUCGAGAGCUGUGUCUCGGAAAAAACGGGCCUGGAUUCAGCUCUUGCAUCGUCACGUCAGGAAGCUGAAGAAGCUAUGCAGAGAACUGUCGCUGAGUUCGAGCGGCUAAUCUCUCUCCUAGGAAGCGAGGCAGCCGACAUAGAAGAAGUUCAGACUAGUUCGCUGUCGGACAGCGUCUUGGACAACGUCAGGAUGAUCAAAGCGGGGACAAAAGAGAAGGAGAGGGAACUACAGGACUUAAGAGUUCGAGUGGAAGAGCUAGAAGGGGAGAAAGGCGUGGUAGAAUCAAGCCUGUCUGCUUCUGCGGAAGAACUUGCGAGAUUGAAAACGCAGGUGGCUAGUGAACGUGAGGAGCACAGAGAGGUGAUCGCAGCUAAAAAUCUGGCCAUUGAGGAGGACAUGGUGAGACUUCGUAGUCAUGAACAGGAGGUUCUCAGGGUAACAGGGGAAAGAGAUUCUCUGUCGGCGGAGCUUGCAGCACUGUCUCAAAAAGUUGACGAGCUCGAUGGUUGUCGAUUUGAGAUGCAAGAUCUGGAAGCCAGCAUCCAGCAUCUGAGGCAGGAGCUAAACGAUGCCGAGAAACGGGAAGGAGAAAGCCUUCAUGAGCUUCAAUCCGUUAAAGCUCAGCUCGAUCAACUGAAGAUAGACAAUGAAACGAAGCUCGACCAACGUGACAAGGAGAUCGGUCGACUAGGAGAUGAUAAAGCUCGUUUAUUGGAUCAACUGACGGUACUGGACAAGGAAGCAAGAGCUCGUCAGAUGGAAAUGGUAGCAGACUGCCAGGAUUUGAAGCAGCAGCUGGAGAAUGUUAGAAAGAGGGAAGAAGAUGUCGUAGCCAAGCUUGAAUCGUUGGAAAAUCAGCUGCGACAGGAAAAACAACGUUUUGAGAACACGGAGGAGCAGGAAAAACUUAGUCGGGAAAAGGGAGAUGUGCUAGCAGCGGAGAAUUCUCGUCUUGUAGAUCAGCUUACAUCUCUAUCGCAGGAGUUAAAACAACAGCUGGGGGAUGCUAAAAAGAGGGAAGACGAUCUCGUAGCCAAGCUUGAAUCGUUGGAAAAUCAGCUGCGACAGGAAAAACAACGUGUUGAGAGCACGGAGGAGCAGGAAAAACUUAGUCGGGAAAAGGGAGAUGCGCUAGCAGCGGAGAAUUCUCGUCUUGUAUAUCAGCUUACAUCUCUAUCGCAGGAGUUAAAACAGCAGCUGGAGGAUGCUAAAAAGAGGGAAGAAGAUCUCGUAGCCAAGCUUGAAUCGUUGGAAAAUCAGCUACAACAGGAAAAACAACGUGUUGAGAGCACGGAGGAGCAGGAAAAACUUAGUCGGGAAAAGGGAGAUGCGCUAGCAGCGGAGAAUUCUCGUCUUGUAUAUCAGCUUACAUCUCUAUCGCAGGAGUUAAAACAGCAGCUGGAGGAUGCUAAAAAGAGGGAAGAAGAUCUCGUAGCCAAGCUUGAAUCGUUGGAAAAUCAGCUACAACAGGAAAAACAACGUGUUGAGAGCACGGAGGAGCAGGAAAAAAUUAUUCGGGGAAAGGUUGAUGCGCUAGCUGCGGAGAAUUCUCGUCUCUUGGAUCAGCUUACAUCUCUGCAAAAUCUCAAGGUUGGUGAAGCUGAACUUUGGACUACGCGCGUUACGUUGGAAGAAUCACAGAAGGAGAUGAAGGUAGAACUGGAAGCUUUGAAAGAUCAGCUCCUGGCGCUUGAGAAGUCUUCAAGUAAAGAACUUACGGCCAAGUCUGACAUGAUAGAAGACCUGAGGAAACGUGUGGAGGACCUGCAAGACGAAAACUCAGGUUUAAAAUCUUCAUACGAAAACAGAAGCAGGUUUCUUCAAGAGCAGAUGCGGAGUCUGGAACAACAACUUGACAAGUCCAGUGAGAAGGAAGCUCUUGGCAAGGACGUCUUGGAGUCUAGACUUCACAUAGCAUUUGGAAGGCUUGGACGGCUUGAGGACGGCUACCUGGACACUUUAUGCACUUUGGAUAGUCGGGUGACUUCUCACGAGGAAAAGUUCGUCCGCGUGCUAGAGGAGUUGUCUUCUUUGCAUGAGACGUAUGCCGAACGAUUAGACGAGGGCAACUUGAAGCUACAGUCAGAUUUUGGCUUGUUGGAGAAGAAGCUUGCGGAUCAGACCGAGAACGUGAAAAGAUUGGUGACGAAUGUGAUUGAAGACUCUGGCGAAAACACCUCCGUGGAGACUUGUGUUCUUGCACUGAUCGACAUGGUUGAGAAGAGUGAAGAGGAGCUACAAAGGCUCCGCUCACAGCAAAUCGAUCUCAACGAAGAACUUACUUCUUUGCGACUCGAACAGCAGUCGGACGUGGUGACAGCAAAUCAGACUAAAGCGGAAGUCACUCGUUUGCUGGAACGAGAACAGAGUCUAUUGGACGAGCUUUCUCAAGCCAAUCUACUUGGUGAACAGCUGCGACUCCAACUAGAAACGUCCCAGGAAGAAGCUAAGAAUAAGUUUGACGAGCUUUCGAAAGAAUGUGGUGAAUUGAGACGGCGAGUCGCCAAUCUUGACGAGACACUUACUUCUGUGAAACUGGAGCGAGACUUCGCCGCUCAGUCGAUGGCCAAACAAGAGGCGGAGAUACUUGAGACAGUACGGGUCAUGCGGGAGGAUCUUGCUGCCGCGAACUUAGUUCGAGAGCACCUCCAGUUCCAGCUAGAGAAGUCCAAAGAAGUGGCUCUUAGGGCGGAAAAGGACGCACAGAUUGCUGCAAGCAGCGCUAAGCGGCAUACUGAGGAACGCGACGCGUUGAAGCAGACAGUGGCUGAUCUGGAAGUUUCUUGUUCGGCAUGCAAGCAGCAGCUAGCUGAUUGCGAAAAGCAGCAAAAGUUGCUCAUAACGUCUUGCGAGGAAAAGAACGCUUGCAUACAGAAAAUAGGGGACAUCAUUUCCACCACUUGGAUCGUCCCGGCGGACUUCGAAAAACUUAACACUGCCGUAAAGGUGAACUUGUUCGCUGGCGAGUUCUUGCAGACUCGAGAACGCGCAUCGGGUGCAGAGACAGAGCUGAUGAAAUCGAAAGAGAAGAUUGCGCUCCUGAAGGAAGAGCUGAAAAGCCUAACGUUAGAGAAGGAUGAUGCACUUCAAACUUUGGAAACGUCAAGAUCAGAAUGCAGCAAGCUCGAGAGAAUCCUUUCUCAAGAAAAAACGGACCGGCAGUCGAUGGAAAUGAAGGUUGGCGAAUUUGAAGCGAAGCUGCAUGGCUUGCGGGUGAGGCUGUCAAGCGUUUUGUUGGACGAGAUGGCCACGAGCACUACUGCAGAAAGUGAGGAAUUUACGGAACUCGAUCACUGCGUCAGCACUCUCAUUACUACGCUUGCUGCCAGCGUUAAGACGAAUGAGGAACUUCUACUGCAGCAAAAACUUUUGGAGGACUCGAAGUUGGAGCUGCAAGCUAAGCUUUCGAGCAGAACAGAGGAGAUGAAGAACUUACAAGACCAAAAGAACCACGUAGCUCUCGAAGUGAAGCAGGUAAAAGAGGAGCUGGAUUCUGCAAUGGAUCGUUUCCAGCGAGGGAUGGCGGAAUCAGAGCAAAGACUGGCAACAGUGAGAGAAAAGCUGGGCCUCGCGGUUAAGAAAGGGAAAGGCGUGGCUCAGCAGCGGGAUGACUUAAAGCAGCUGCUAGCUCAGAAGUCGGAAGAACUUGAACGUUCGAACAAGCAGCUUAGUGCUUUGGAAACGUCUGUGAAAGAAAAGCUCUCGCAAGUGGAGAGCAUCCAGAAGUCCUCGGUUGAAAAGCAGGAAGCCUUGAAAGCUACUAUUCUAGGGAUGGAGAUUGAAGCAUGCUCGAAGGAAGAGGAAAUAAAUUCCUGCAAGACUUUACUUCAAGAAUCGUGUGGCAGAGAGAAGAAGUUGGCUGCGGAGUUAAACGUUCUGAGACGAAAAUGUGCCGAAACACUUGAAGAGAAACAGCUGCUGGAGGAGUCUAAGAGACACGCAUGGCUGGAGCUGGAACGGGAAGCCGCAAGACUAAAAGAGUUCGAGGCGAGUGAAACUCGUUUAACAGCCUCUUUGGUCACCAUGGAAGAGAAAAACAACAGGCUUCAGAAAGAGCUGUCUUCUGCAACGGAAGAUCUUACAAGAAUCCUUUCUCUUCAAUCGGAAAUUUUUGAGAAGAAGUUGGCGACUUUGACAGAUGUGGAUAUGUUGUUAGCAUCACUUCAGCAGCUCCUUUGGCUUGACAAGGAUACCAAGGUGUUUUCAAAGAAACCAUCAAGCUGGGAUGAUCACGAAGACAAGGUUCGUCUUUUUAAACCAGCUUCAAUGAACACGUCAGAAAAGUUCAAGACAGGCUUCGAGCUCAUGAAAGGUGCUCAAGAUAUUGAGCUUGCUGUUAUUCUUGAGAGCGCGUCCAUCAUUAAGCAGCUUUUACAUGAAAUUCUAACGGAAAUCGCAUCUCGGAGGAAGGAAACGACAGAAGCUUUAGAGACAAAUGAGCAGGAUUUGCUUUCAUAUCAGCUGCAAAUAUCCUCCAAAGAUCGAGAAAUCGAGUCGCUGCGGCGUGAGAGUGACUUGAAAUUCAAGCAGCUCGAAGAACUUACAGACCGAGUUGAAGAACUCGAGACUCUGAUAGAGCAGAAUCACUUGGCAAUGGACAACAUGGAAACGUCACGCAACAAGGCUGUUGGAAAGCUCACAUUUACUGUGAACAAGUUCAAGGAACUGCAACAGCAGUGCGAAGCGAUGCUUGCUGAGAUUGAAAGACUUCAGAUGAAUCUGGACAGCCGCCAAGCUGAACAUGCUGCUCUUAAUCAGAAAGUCGAAAUUCUUCAAAACGACUUGAAGCAGAGAACUGAAAACUCGAUGCAGUUGGAAAGAAGUCUGAAAGCUUUGACUGCAAAGGCCGCUGUUGGACAACGAGGGGAGCAGCUACUAUCCGAACCGAAAGCAAUUGUUGAUUUGCUAGAUGCUCAAGUUCAACGGUUACUGCAUGAAAACGAGAACCUUCAACUUAGCACCAAGACAAAGGAUUCGGAGUUGCAAAAAUUGAAAGACAAGUUUUUGCCGGUACCUUCCGUGAGCGAGAUCGAGGAGCUGGAACAACCAAAGCAUAUGACUGUACCGAGUGCUCCACAUAUACGAGCACAGAAGAAAAUGGUCGUUGGAGACCAAGUUGCUAUAGAUAUGGAUGCCGGACAGACUAUGGAAAUUGAGGAGAAAGGAAACGCCUUUAAGUCUCUUGGAAUGAUACGGUUCCUUCCCAAAGCUAGCCAUCACAUUGGUGACCGGGUUGAUGAAUUAAGUAUUUCGGCUGGCAGACUUCUUAUGAGGCAGCCUGUUGCCCGGUUGUCACUUAUUGUAUACUGGAUCGCGAUCCACGUUUGGAUUGCAGCUGCGGUUACUAUGGCGAAGAUAUAGUACGCUGUGCUGGAUCCAGUAUGUUACGCAACUCUUGCUCAGGCGUUCCGCGUUACAGUCGGGCCGAUCAAGGAGAACUAGCAAAGCACUUUCAGUCGUAAGAAGCAGCAAGUGGGAGAGGAAGAUCUUGGCCAUCGAUGGAAAUGGUCAGAGUUAUGCUGGAAGCGGCGAUAGCGAAGUGAGUGAUCAUGAGAAGAGCGCGGGGAUGGCCAAAAUGCAGUUCGUCAGUGGAGCGUGGUGCUGAUGAGUUUAUACUAGAGAGAGAGAGUGGGGCUGGGGGGAACGGACGGAUUCAGAGCGAUGCGAGAGAAGGCAAAAAUGAGAGGAGCCACAAAAGGGCAGGCAGUAGCCAUGAUGGAUGAAAGCUUAGCUAGCUGCGGUGUUGAAAGUCAGGUGAGGACAAUAUGGACAGGUCUUGGACGUACUUUGCAACUUACUACGGCCACAGCAGGGGUUCCGGGAGGGGGGAUUUUUUUUCUCGCACGUCCGUUUUCCGUUCGAGCAGGGCAGGCUACUGCUUAAGCUACACAGGAAAGUCUGCUGGGUGGAAGAGCUCAAGGAUCAAGCAGGGCCAGUUUUUCGGGAUUCUUUUAAGUGAUCUAAAGAGAAGGGGAUGAGAAGCGACCAAAUGGCUUUUAGCUACUUGGACUUCUGUCGGCAGGCAGGCACGCUAAGUAGCUCUUAGCUUACGGAACAAAGUGGCUCAAGUUACGAUACGUGUUCACGUCACGUGCACCAACAGUGGAAACUCUUCACAGGUUUUUUAAGUCCAGGAGUUCGUCAACGGUCGUCUGCGGUCCUUGACUUCCGGGAGCUUGGAUUUACUCAAGAGAUCUUGGGGGGCACCUAUGUAGAUAGCUCAGAUUGGCAGGCAGGGUAAGGCAAGGCCGAGGAAAAAUAUACUAUACUUACAGACAAGGAGGAAGAACAGCGGAAGUAAUAAAAAGGGGAGGAGAGAAGAACUAAAAACUUUGGGGGAGUGCUCAGAGAACUAUACAACACGACCAGACAGUGUGGCUCAGGUUGCACUUUCUUUGCUUGCGAAACCCGGGUCUAAAGCCGACAUGAUUCAGGAUGCUUUUCGCGUGCUCCAUGGUUCCAGUUUGUUUGUUGCACAAAAGCAAGCCUGGUGAUUUUUGGGGACGAGAGUUUAUUCGGUUUGUGUCAGUGCAAGUGCAAUGGGGUGGAUUGAAAGUUAGAGCUCUCAGUUGCCAUGAUUGCGAAGCUACGUUACUUUACUUGCUCGUUGGACUCUUCAUCUCCACAGAGAACAAGACGAAGCAAGCAAUCGAGAACACCAGUUAAUACUAAGUUGAGUUACGAGCUAGCUACUCGGCUCAUCUCCACACUCCAACAAGAGGCAGGCAGGCAGGCAGGCAAGCAAGCAUGAGAAUUAGUGUAGAGCCAGGCAGCUACUUACAGGGCGAGGAGCACUUUUUUGCUUUUCUCACUUUUCUAGCUCUACACACGGGGGCUUUGCAUCGGUGGUGGGGUUCUAAACAGGAAGUGAAGAGAAGAGGUCUCCUCCAAAGGCACACGCGACUCUCUGAAUAAAUAUGAAUGGCGAGCGGGGAAAAGAGCGAGAAGAACGUACCGGCAGCAAAAGAAUAUAGCUACGUGCACGCAUCACGACCUUCAAUCAUAUCCUGUCUUUCGAAUCGACUACCACGACUAGUACAACACCUCCGCCUUCGUCUCCUCCAGUGUUAUCUCGAGGUGGCUCGAGCUCUCUUCCUUGGACACUUACUCAAUGGAGCUUACGCCACCGGUUAAAAGCUCGACUCCUCUCGUAAGAGCAUGCAUUGCAUUGCAUGGCAGCAAACAAAGCGCACAGCAGCAAUUGGAGCGCUCUACUUUGUGGAGUCAGAGGCCACAGUGCGAGCAGGAAAGAAAGAACGAAAGACGAGUAGUAGUGUAGCAGUCGCAGAGCUAUGAUAGCGAGGUCUUCUCCUCGCUCGAGCUAGGCCGGUCCGACUUGAGCUCUCGAGACCGACGAGCGACACAUUACCAGAAGCUAAACUAGGAGGACGAACUGUGUUGUGCAACUUGGAGCAAGGGAUAAUUGUCGUCGUCGAAAUGCUGCUACUUGUUGCUGUCUAGGACAUGGCGGUGGAGGAGUAGAGCUUUGAAUUUGGCUGCUGCUCUUACAAUUUAUGGCUCGACAGACAUCUUUUCUUCUCAUCUCUCGCGAGAUGAGAGAUUGAGAGGAGAAUAGAAAGAAACGAUGAAGAGCUGGCUCUCGCCAAGUCGCAAAUCUGAUAGAAGAUAUCUCGCGCUGUGAAACUAUGCUGUAAGUUUGACGUCGCCAUCGCCAUGAGAGCUUCCCUUUCAAAUUUUCCCUACUGGAUACGAUGAUGUGUCGCUGGCUAUGGAGAAUAAAGGAAUGAUUCUGCUCU